AUGUCGCGAGCACAGCAUCUAUCACCGAAUUCUUCUGAUGGCAUGAACGCUAAGGAAGUGGCACCAUUUCUCAAGAGUCUCCGUCGCAUGCUAGACAUAGAGAGCCCACGCAUUUUGCGUUGGACGCCCGACGGCAAUGCCUUUGAAAUCCAUGACAUGGCUGCCAUGACCAGUGACAUCUUACCCAAAUAUUUCAAACACUGCAAGUAUGCCAGCUUCCAACGUCAACUCAACUAUUUUCACUUUCGCAAGUGGACCAAGUCCCGUGCUGUCGUGUGCACGUUCUCGAAUAAGUUUUUUCAGCGCGAUCAACCAGCUUUGACGUGGCGUAUCACUCGAAAGCGUGCGCUGUUGUCUGCAAAUGAUAAGCUACCGGAGGAAAGGCUCUCCUUAUCUGCUCCUGACGUCCAGCUUUCGAGGCAUGUCGAACCCUUGAUGGCUGUGGAGGUCGCAACGCCCGUAAAGAGCCACCCCUCGGACGACGAAGCACCUCUUGCCUGGAUCGACAAGCUGUAUCCAGAACUAGACUUUGACCUGCUCGCUGUGGGGGCGAGCUGUUGCUUCUCCGCGUCGACAUUGCUCUCGCUCUGA